GGGAUCUGAGAGUAGGGUGGGUGUUCUCAGUGGCCCCCAGGAGGUCCCCUGACCUUCCUGUAGACUCUGGGCCCCCCGGGAAGAGAGCAUGGCCGGCUUCCACCUCUUCUCCUCAUGUCCCUAUGCGGAGCAUGGGGAGCCCUCGACCGGUGGGGAGCAGGAAUCCGACGCACCGCUGGGCUGGCCUGAGCUGUCCCUGAGUCCCUGGGCCCAGACUCCAGGUGCGGAAAUCGAGACCGGAUUGCCCUGGGGGCACCAGAAAUGUUCACCCACCGGGCGGUCCCGCCGGCGUGGCUAUAUGUCCUUGCCACGAGAGAGCCACAGCCUGACACACGUGGCCCGGAGACCGUCGGACCGCGCCAGGAAGCACAGGUCCGGCAGCAGGCAGCUGGACGAAGAGGCGCCCACCAAGUCCAGCAGGACCUGGCAGCAGCAGCAGCAGCAGCCACCCGAUCAGCCCCGCCCCCGCUACCCUGAAGCCCCAGGAGCUUCCUCCCCGCCGUACCCUGGGGGAGCUUUCAGCCCCCAGAGUUUGCUUUUAGAAAAGACACACAACGGAGACCGGUGGGCAGUGCCGGUGCGCAGACAUGUAGGUCUCUGGUCCCCUUCCUCGGUUCUCACCGACAAGUCUUCUGUGCACUCCCUCGAGUCCCGGAAGCAAUCCACCUGUGUGUGCACCCAGAAGAGGGGUAGUGGUGACCGGACUGAGUCCUUAGCCAACCAGUACUCCCAACCCUCCACCUCCUGCAAAGAGACGAGUAGCCAGCACGCUCAGGUCCUCAAAAGCAAGCUGGACGAAGCAGUGAUAUCCUCCAGGGACCAGAAGAUCGUGGCUCUGGUGCUGAGCCGGCUCCAGAAGGCCCAGAAGAUGCGAGAGCUGCAGCAACAGGCAGCAGUCGCCUGGGAAGAGCUGAAGCGCUCAGACCAGAAAGUCCACCUGACCCUGGAGAGAGAGCGCAGGCUGUUGCUGCAGCAGAGCCAGGAGCAGUGGCAAGGACAGAAGGACCAGCACAAGCCACGGAGGGACCAUGAGCAGCUUUGCCAGGGCCGCGAGCAACCCGGCCAGCUGCGGGACUGCCAGGAGAAGAGCGCCAUCCAGUCGGAGAGCGAGAGUCGGUGGCCUGUGCCACCUGACAACCCGGAGAACCCAGACCUGGACAAGCUAGACAGGUCUGAGCAACUCAAACAGUGCCAACUGCAGCGUCUGCGGGAGCAGCAGAGGGUGCUGCAGAGCCUGCGGGACCUGAACAGGCUCCAGCUGCAGAAGAGGCUGGAGGUGGCCUGUCAAAAGAGGCACCUGGCAGAGAGUCAGAAGAAGGUCCAGGAGAGCAACCUGAGCUCGGUCGUCAACUUCCAGGCCCGCAAGGUUCUCAUGGACUGUCAGGCCAAAGCGGAAGAGCUCCUUAGGAAGCUGUCGCUCGAACAGAGUUCCCAGCGCUCCCAGGACAUCCAAGAAGAUCUGGCUAAGGAGAGGCAUCGAGAACAGCAGGGGAAGGCGCAGAAGGAGGCCCAGCAGUUCCAGCGAGCGAGAUGGCGAGCGGAGGAGGCAGAGGAGCGGCGCCAAGAGAGCAAGCGGGUACUGGCAGAGCUGGCUGAGCAGAAGAUCAGGCAGGCCAGGUGUCAGGCGCACAAGACCGACAGGGACAGAGCGCAGCACCUGCAGGAGCUGAACAUCCUGCGGGAGAGGAACCACCACAUCUUGAAGCUGAAAGCGGAGAAGGAGGAGAAGUAUCACAUUGAGGGCAUCAAGGAAGCCAUCAAGAAGAAGGAGCAAAGGGUGGGGCCGAUGACCCGAGGGAACGAUCCCAUCUUCCAGGAGUUCCAGAAGGUUCCCUCGGCCUCCAAGACAGACCGCUGCUUUGACCACAUGGCAGCAGAGCCGCAGCUGCCUGUGCACCAUCAGAGUGGAAUCUACUGAGAACCCAGGAGGAACAGGGCACCACCCGGCAGCCAGACACGUCAUCGUCACCAUGCGACUCUGCUUUAUAAUCUGAUUUUAACCGUGCAUUGAUUUUUAAGAAAAUAUAUAAAAUAGCUGCAGUUGCCUCCCA